GCCUCUACUACCAUAGACAAGGUCAAUUCAAGAUUCACCUUCUUUCUACCCAACCAAAAUUCUAAAAAAUCUGUUCUCUCAAACAACAUUAUGUGUCCUCUAGCACCCACCCUAACACUAAUCUUUGACAAAAUUACAAUACCCCCCUCAAACCCACCCAUCCACCCCCAAAUCCUAACCAUGACACAUCAUCAUUCCAUGGUCCAAAACAACCAAAUCCAAUCAAGAAACUCAUCAAACACCUUCCAACAAAAGAAACAAAGAAACAACAACUGCAGUUUGUUUCUUUAGGGGAAGGUGACAUGUCUAGUAACAAACAUGGCCGCCGUUCCCCUCAUCCUCCUUCUCCUUCUUCAAACAAACUCUCCCAAAAAACACCAGCAUUUUCUUUUUCAUAUCUCCAUUUUCUUCCUCACUUUUCUAUCUAAUCCACAUCUUUCUUUCUCCAUUUCAGAGGAUGAGGCAUUGAUCAAAUUCAAACAAUCUCUAAAGAACACAACAGCUUUAGAUUCAUCUUGGCAUAAAGGUACGAGUCCAUGUGACAAAAAAAAGAAAUGGACGCGUGUUCAAUGCCAUGGGAACGGGGUCGAAGGCCUCCUUUUAGGUGAAGCUGGCCUAUCAGGAGAACUUGAUGUUGGUCCAUUGAUUGCACUUCCAGGCCUGAGAGUUCUUGAACUUGCUAAUAACUCAUUUUCAGGAACAAUCCCUGAAUUUUUCUUGCUUGGUGCACUUAAAUCCCUUUAUAUAGAUGGAAACAUAUUUUCAGGAGAGAUUCCUAAAGAUUUCUUCUCCAAAAUGGGAUCUCUUAAAAAAGUUUGGAUUUCAAGAAACAAAUUUUCAGGACCAAUUCCUGAAUCUUUGGCGAACUUGAAAUACUUAAUAGAACUUCAUCUUGAAAAUAAUGAAUUUUCAGGUCAUAUUCCAUCUUUCUCACAAGCGAGUUUAACAUCUCUUGAUAUGUCAAACAAUAAAUUACAAGGUGAAAUUCCUCAAAGUAUGUCGAAAUUCGGUGCUGAUCCCUUUAAAGGAAAUACAGAAUUAUGUGGGCAACAACUAGGGAAAGAAUGCAACAAGGGAGAUACCCCUCAACCUCAAGGAACACCAUGGUUUAAUUUGAAAUGGAUAAUUCUUGCUAUAGUAGUUAGCCUUCUAUUGGUGACGAUUCUCUUUCGGGCCAAGCGCAAGGAAGAUCAUUUCGACAAGCUUGGGAAAGAGAAUCUUGAUGAGGGGUUGCACGUGGCAAGCUCGAAUAAUAGGAAGAGCAUGAGCAUUCGUAGCAAGGGAGGUGACUCGAUUCGUGGUUCAUCACGAAGGGCUGGGUCCCAGGCUGGUGGGAAGGCUAUGGGGGACCUCGUGUUGGUGAAUGACGAAAAGGGUACGUUCGGCUUGCCUGAUUUGAUGAAGGCAGCUGCCGAGGUACUCGGGAACGGAGUAUUAGGAUCAGCUUACAAGGCAAAAAUGGUAAAUGGGAUGUCUGUUGUGGUAAAAAGAUUGAGAGAGAUGAAUAAAAUGAAUAGGGAUGUUUUUGAUGCAGAAAUCAGGAAACUUGGCAAGUUAAGGCACAGAAAUAUAUUGCAACUAUUGGCAUAUCAUUACAGAAAAGAAGAGAAAUUAUUGGUAUCUGAAUAUGUUCCCAAAGGCAGCCUAUUAUAUCUAUUACAUGGUGAUCGAGGGGUAUCGCACGCUGAGCUAAAUUGGCCUACUCGCCUAAAAAUCAUCCAGGGAGUUGCUAGUGGAAUGUGUUAUCUUCAUUCGGAGUUUGCAUCGUAUGCAGUGCCUCACGGAAAUCUCAAGUCUAGCAACGUUCUACUAACCGAAAAAUAUGAACCACUUUUAUCAGAUUAUGCCUUCUAUCCACUAAUCAACAACACGCAAAUUGUUCAAUCCCUUUUCGCUUAUAAAGCCCCAGAAGCCAUACAAAAUCAACAACUCUCUCCAAAAUGCGAUGUCUAUUGUCUUGGAAUCAUAAUACUCGAGAUCCUUACGGGGAAAUUCCCUUCUCAGUAUCUCAACAAUCAAAAGGGUGGAACCGACGUUGUUCAAUGGGUACAGUCAGCAAUAACUGACCAAAGAGAAUCCGAAUUGAUUGAUCCAGAGAUAGUGUCUGCAACAGAUUCCAUCGAACAAGUGGUGAAACUCCUUCAUGUGGGAGCUGCUUGCACUGUAAGUGAUCCGGAUAAGAGGAUUGACAUGAAGGAAACAUUAAGGAGGAUAGAAGAGAUAAGUUUAACUUGAUGGACAUCAAAUUUCCAAAAGGUGAUAGGUUAGAUCCGUGUGAAGCUUUUAGUUUCGUUACUGGCCAGAGCUCCUAAGCCCUUUGAUUCCAUUUUAUCUCAGUCAAACUCUACACAUCUCUCGAGUCAUAUAUACAUAUAAUUUGUACAUAGAAAAGGUAUAGAAAUGGAGGCUUGCGAAUGACACAUUCAAACAAAUGUCACAUUCUUCUUUCAACUUGUUGAGAUAAAAGAAGACAAGACAAAUGACUGGAGCUGAGGUUCAUUUGCCAAACAAAAAGAGUCUAUAUACAAGUACCAAAAAUGACACUUCUAAAUAACCAAAACUUGAUGUUGAUGCAUGAAACUUACUUUUCUAAUUGUACGUCUUUUUUAUUGUAUAGUAUGGUUU